AAUCUGUAUAAUUCAUAAGCCUUUUGUUCAUAGAUUACUUAUCCUCUUAAAUGGCUGCUUUAUUUCUUCAGAUACCGGGGCGGAAGUCUUGUCCCGAUAUGUCUAUCAGGAGGCCUCAAAUCCCUCGGCUUCUUCUCCAAAACGUCUCUUGCAUGAGAAACGCGCAGCAGAUUCUAAGACACGUGAAUGUAUCUCUUCAUGACGGUGGUGCACUUGUCUUAACUGGAACAAACGGAUCCGGUAAAUCAACAUUCUUGAGAAUGUUAGCUGGAUUCUCAAAACCCUCUGCAGGAGAAAUCCUUUGGAACGGUCACGACAUCACACAAUCAGGUAUCUUCCAACAGUACAAACUCCAACUAAACUGGAUCUCUUUAAAAGACGCCAUCAAAGAGAGAUUCACAGUACUCGACAAUGUCCAAUGGUUUGAGCUUCUUGAGAAUAAAAUCGGCAAAGCUCAACCCGCAUUGGAGCUAAUGGGUUUAGGGAGACUGGUGAAAGAGAAAUCGAGAAUGUUGUCCAUGGGUCAGAGGAAAAGAUUGCAACUUGCAAGGCUCCUCGCUAUCGACCGACCGAUUUGGCUUUUGGACGAACCAUCCGUUGCUUUGGAUGAUGAAGGAGUUAGAUUGCUCGAGUAUAUUAUCGCAGAGCAUAGGAAAAAAGGAGGGAUUGUGAUUGUCGCGACUCAUCUUCCUAUUGAGAUUGAAGAUGCUAUGAUCUUGAGGCUUCCUCCUAGAUUUCCAAGGAAAAUGACUUUGAUUGAUAUGCUUGAUCGUGCAGACAUUUCUUAUAAUGUCUGUGUAUUACCACUUUUGGUGAAGCUAUUGGCUGUGGCAGUGAUAAUAUUUGGGGUGUGGAUGAGUACACACAAUGAUGGUUGCAGAAGGUCACUUACAUUUCCAGUCAUAGCUCUUGGUGGUUUCAUCUUCUUGAUAUCCAUAAUCGGGUUUCUUGGGGCGUGCAAGAGAAGUGUGGCGCUUCUUUGGAUUUAUCUUGCCGUGCUCCUGAUCGUUUUGAUCGCGAUUCUUGUCUUUACCGUACUAGCGUUCAUUGUAACAAACAAUGGUUCUGGCCAUACUAACCCUGGUCUGAGGUACAAAGAGUAUAAGCUGAAUGAUUACAGCUCAUGGUUUCUAAAACAGCUUAACAACACCAGUAACUGGAUAAGACUAAAGAGUUGUCUUGUUAAAUCCGAGCAAUGUAGGAAGCUUUCCAAAAAAUACAAGACUAUCAAACAAUUAAAAUCCGCAGAAUUAACACCGAUAGAAGCUGGAUGUUGUCGACCACCCUCUGAGUGUGGUUAUCCUGCUGUGAAUGCUUCUUACUAUGAUUUGAGCUUUCAUUCGAUAAGUUCUAACAAAGAUUGUAAGCUCUACAAGAAUUUGAGGACCAUCAAGUGCUACAAUUGUGAUUCUUGCAAAGCUGGAGUAGCUCAGUACAUGAAAACCGAGUGGCGACUUGUUGCGAUCUUCAAUGUGGUUCUGUUUGUUGUCUUGUCGAUGGUUUACUUUGUUGGAUGCUGCGCCAGAAGAAAUGCCGCUAGUUACCGAUCCAAAGCUUAGAAAUCGAAGCCCGGUUAAAAGAUUCUUCAAGUUUCAGAGAUAUCCCACGCUGCGUUGGUGAAUGCUUCCAAGAGAGACACAAGAGCAACAACUUCUCUUCAUUCUUUUUAUUGUGUAAUCAGUGUGUUUUUGAAACAGAAGAAAUUCAAACAGGAAAA